CUAAUUAUUACCUUUUUCAAAAGUGUGAUUGGAAAAUUUCAUAAUAAUUUUUUUUUAUAAUAUUAAUAAAAUUAAUUGUAAUUUAUUAAUACAGCUCAAAUUAUAUGUUUUUAUUAAUAAAUGAUAAAUUUUAAAAAGAAUAGCUUAAUAGCAUAAAUUUAUAGAGAAAGAAUCAGAUUUUUAUUUUUUUUUUGUGAAAAACUAGAAGAAAAAUCCGGCGCCCCAAAAUGGCAGCUAGUGACAAAGCUCUUGAUGAUUCUCUUUAUCCGAUUGCAGUUUUAAUUGACGAAUUAAAAAAUGAAGAUGUACAGUUGCGUCUGAAUUCAAUUAAAAAAUUGUCAACAAUUGCAUUAGCCCUUGGUGAAGAACGCACACGUUCCGAAUUGAUUCCUUUUUUGACAGAAACUAUAUAUGAUGAAGAUGAAGUCUUAUUGGCGUUGGCAGAACAGCUUGGGAAUUUUACAAGUUUGGUUGGUGGUCCAGAAUAUGCUAUGUACCUGAUUCCACCGCUUGAAAGUUUGGCUACUGUUGAAGAAACUGUUGUCCGUGACAAAGCAGUAGAAUCACUACGUACAGUUGCAGCUGAACAUAGUGCACAAGAUUUAGAAAUGCAUGUUGUUCCAACUUUGCAACGUCUUGUAUCUGGUGAUUGGUUUACUUCACGUACAUCUGCAUGUGGUCUCUUCUCAGUUUGUUAUCCAAGAGUUUCACCAGCAGUUAAAAGUGAAUUACGAUUAAAUUUUAAAAAGUUGUGCCAGGAUGAAACACCAAUGGUAAGACGUGCCGCAGCAAGUAAAUUGGGAGAAUUGGCCAAAGUAGUUGAGCCUCAAUAUUUGACAUCAGAUUUGAUUCCAAAUUUUAUUUUGCUAGCUGGGGAUGAUCAGGAUUCAGUUCGGCUAUUAGCUGUUGAGGCGUGUGUUAGUAUUGCACAACUUUUACCUCAAGAAGACGUUGAACAGUUUGUAAUGCCGACCCUUCGCCAAUGUGCUGGAGACUCUUCAUGGCGCGUUCGGUACAUGGUUGCUGAUGAGAUAGUCGAGUUACAGAAGGCCGUAGGACCAGAAAUUACAAAAACUGAUUUAGUUCCAGCAUUCCAGAACUUACUUAAAGAUGCAGAAGCGGAAGUAAGAGCUGCAGUAGCAACAAAAGUUAAAGACUUCUGUGCAAAUCUUGACAAAGCAAAUCAGGUGCAAAUUAUAAUGUCAUCUAUAUUACCUUCUGUAAAAGAACUUGUUUCGGAUCUAAAUCAACAUGUUAAAUCUGCAUUGGCUUCUGUUAUUAUGGGUUUAAGUCCUAUGUUGGGAGCUUAUAACACUGUUGAACAUCUCUUACCAUUAUUUUUAAUACAAUUAAAAGAUGAGUGUCCAGAAGUGCGUUUAAAUAUUAUUUCAAAUUUGGAUUGCGUUAAUGAUGUUAUUGGCAUACAACAACUCUCACAGUCUUUGCUGCCAGCUAUAGUUGAAUUAGCUGAAGAUUCUAAAUGGAGAGUUCGUCUUGCUAUAAUUGAAUAUAUGCCUGCGUUGGCUGGUCAACUUGGACAAGAAUUCUUUGAUCAAAAAUUAAGAGGUUUAUGUAUGGGAUGGUUAAAUGAUCAUGUUUAUGCCAUUAGGGAAGCUGCCACUCUAAAUAUGAAAAAAUUGGUUGAACAAUUUGGAGCUCCAUGGGCAGAACAAGCAAUUAUCCCAAUGAUUUUGGUGAUGUCGAGAAAUAAAAAUUAUCUUCACAGAAUGACAUGCUUAUUCUGCAUCAAUGUUUUAGCGGAAGUUUGUGGAACUGAUAUUACAACCAGAUUGUUGUUACCAACAGUUUUAAUAUUAGCAACAGAUGCAGUAGCUAAUGUUAGAUUUAAUGUUGCGAAAACUUUACAAAAAAUCUCACCAUUUUUGGAAACAAGUGUUAUAGAUUCACAAGUAAAACCAACAUUAGAUAAACUUAAUGCUGAUGCUGAUGUCGACGUUAAACACUUUGCAUCAGAAGCAAUUGCCGGUAUUGCAGCAGAUUUAGAGCUAGAUAUUUUUCGAGAUUAUGAUUACGAAGCUCAUCGAUUUGCAUCACGUCCAUCAAAAGAUUUAAACAAAGAUGAUGUUGGAAUAGAUUUAUUUGUAUAUUCCACGUAAGGAUAACUUUAGUAUGUAAACAAUACAAUUAUGAUACACAAAAUGCAGUAUAAUUUUUUUUAACACAAGCAAAAAACAAAAAAAAAAGAAUAAAAAUCAGAAGAGUAUUUGUUUAAGCAAAAGAGAAGUUAAGUUAAAAAAAAAACAAACAAAAA